AUAAAAGUCGUGAAACCAAGCAAUUAGUGGUAAGUAGCAAGUUCUAAAUACUCACUCAUUCACUUGGAGUAAGAAAGAGAUAAUAAUAUGGGUGCCAUGGAUCACAUUUCUGAGCUAUUUGACUGCUCCGGUGGAAGUUCGCACAAACACCGCAAACAAUUACAGACGGUGGAAGUGAAAGUGAAGAUGGACUGCGAAGGAUGCGAGAGAAAAGUGAGAAGGUCGGUGGAAGGAAUGAAAGGUGUGAACCAAGUUGAUAUUGAUAGGAAAGCACACAAGGUCACUGUUCAGGGGUAUGUUGAACCUAACAAAGUGGUGGCGCGUAUAGCUCACCGCACUGGUAAGAGGGCUGAGAUAUGGCCAUAUGUUCCAUACGACGUCGUUGCACACCCAUAUGCACAAGGUACGUACGACAAGAAAGCACCCUCCGGUUAUGUCAGAAACAACUACGACAACAAUCAGUAUUCUGGAUCCCAUCUAGCGCGUGCUAGUUCCACCGAAGUUCGCUACACCACCGCUUUCAGCGACGAAAAUCCCACCGCCUGUUCUGUCAUGUGAUGUCAUGUCAUAUCUUGUUUGUUUUGUUUAUUAUUAUUAUUAGUUGGGUUGUGGUUGCUGCCAACUUCAAUUUGUUCUAUCUUUGUAAAUUAUUAUGCCUUUUCGGAAUUUAUCUAUGUUAUGUUGUUGAUUCGUAGUAGUAGGUUACUACCUUUUAUUGCUUCACAA